UCACCAAUGUAUCAUUGUUUGCUUGAGUGGCUUACGAUCGCUGAUAACGCCAGCUCGAGAAAGACACAGUUUUUCGUCAAACCGCAACGAAAAUGUGUUGCUCAGAAGGUCUGGUGCGGGCCUGUGUGUUUGUAGUAAACUUUGCCCUCGGUCUAAUCGGCAUCGUGCUCUUAUCACUCGGCGCUUUCUACACCAUCCAGUUGAACCAAUACGAGCUAGGAAUUCCCGAAGACUACGAAACACUGAAAUUCCUACCCAUCUACUCAAUGAUCGUGGGGGCCGUCGCUUUCCUAAUAUCUUUCUGGGGGUGUUGGGGCACCCUGAAGAGCAACACGAGCCUGCUGACAAGCUAUGCAGCCAUUCUCGUGGUGCUUUUCAUCCUGCAGGUGGGCCUGGGGCUGUUUGCGCUGCUGCACAUCAAGAACGAAGACGAUCUUCACCAGCAACUCGAGCAGAGGCUUGACAUUGCCUUCAGCAAAUACAACCAGACGGCUGAAGACACGGCAGCAGUGAUUUCGAUUCAGACCAACUUGGAAUGUUGCGGCACCACGUCGCCGAAGUGGUGGAGUUCGGUCGGACUGGAGGUCUCCCCAAGUUGCUACGGAAAGUCUCAGCAAGCAGAUGCUUUUGGUCAGGGUUGCAUCCAAGCGCUGCUUGCGUUUAUUGUGCGAUUCGCUAAGUUAACUGCCAUCAUUGCGCUAAGUGUUUCGGCCAUCGAUGUGAUCGGGGCCGUCGUAGCGCUGUAUCUGAUCAAAUGUAUUAAGGCGCGACAAAUCAGGAAAGUGUACUAUUAGCAAACUUUCGUCGGGACUUUAUUUGCCUAUCGCCCAAAAUCCUGAUUUUUCAUUAGAUGGAAAAUUAGAAAACAUGGGUUUCAGAAUGGAUGUUUAUUGUCAACUAUUUUCAUUAACCCUUUACUGCAUACCGAGUCAAAUGUGAUACAAACCAAAAUUGUAAUUUUUUCUAAGUCUUAAAGUGAAAAUAAAGAAAAACUACAUGGCGUGUCACAUCUGGGACCGAUACAUAAAUGCGUA